GGCUUCUAUUUUAUAAUGGGCGUUUCUGCAGUCCACAGUCCGAGCCUGGAAAUCGAAGCUAGCCAGAAUAAGCAACUAAGUUAGCUUGACGGCUAGCUACCGACUUCUGAGAUGGCAUCGUUAACGGUGACAGAUCCAGCGGUGUGCCCGAGUUCCAUAUCAACAGCUGAAUUCGUAGUGCCAGCCUGUAUGUUUGCACCAGACCAGGGAUGUGAUGAGGAUCCCUCCGGGGUUGAAGUCUUUGGAGGCAGCGAGGGUACGAACGGAGAGUCCGCGGAUCAUCUAGACUUGAGUAGCAAGCUGGUUCUUGUGAGUCCAACGGGGGAACAAUAUGACUCAUUACUACGGCAUCUAAGGGAGCUGAUAGAUGAGGGCUGCGGAGAGACAAUCUAUGUGGUUGGGAUGGGUUCAGACGGAGGUGACUAUGGUCUGAAUGAGACGGACAUGGAGGCAUCCGUAGCCACGGUGCAGUCGCUGUGUGAACAGAUUGAGGCUGACUUAAUCCUGCUGAGGGAGCGGACAGACACUGGUGGGAGGAUUCGGGACUACCUCAUACGUCGGCGUGUGGGAGAGCAGGAUUUCCUGGAAGUCAGAGUGGCGGUUGUGGGCAAUGUGGAUGCUGGAAAGAGCACCCUGCUCGGAGUGCUGACCCAUGGCGAGCUGGACAAUGGCAGAGGUUUCGCUCGCCAGAAGCUCUUCAGACACAAACAUGAAAUGGAGAGUGGCAGGACAAGCAGCGUGGGCAAUGACAUCCUGGGCUUUGACCAGGAGGGGCAGGUGGUUAACAAACCAGACAGCCAUGGUGGAGGUCUAGACUGGACCAAAAUCUGUGAGAAAUCCUCUAAGGUCAUCACUUUUAUCGACCUGGCGGGUCAUGAGAAGUAUCUUAAGACUACUGUCUUUGGCAUGACGGGACACCUGCCUGAUUUCUGCAUGCUUAUGGUUGGGAGUAAUGCCGGCAUAGUUGGCAUGACCAAAGAGCAUCUUGGUCUGGCUCUGGCCCUAAACGUACCAGUGUUUGUAGUUGUCACCAAGAUAGACAUGUGUCCAGCUAACAUCCUGCAAGAGACGCUAAAAUUACUACAAAGGUUAUUAAAGUCACCGGGCUGCAGGAAAAUCCCAGUGCUGGUCCAGAACAAGGAUGAUGUCAUUGUUACAGCCUCCAACUUCAGCUCUGAGAGGAUGUGCCCAAUUUUCCAGAUAUCAAAUGUGACGGGGGAGAACAUGGACCUGCUGAAGAUGUUUUUGAAUCUCCUCUCUUCACGGACCACUUUUAGCAACGAUGAACCAGCUGAGUUCCAGAUAGACGACACAUACUCAGUGCCUGGUGUGGGCACAGUAGUUUCAGGUACUACAUUACGUGGAUUAAUACGACUUAAUGACACGCUACUGUUAGGCCCUGACCCACUCGGCACCUUCAUCCCUAUCGCUGUGAAGUCUAUCCACCGCAAGAGGAUGCCUGUCAGAGAGGUUCGUGGUGGACAGACGGCGUCCUUUGCCCUGAAAAAGAUCAAACGAUCGUCAAUAAGGAAAGGCAUGGUAAUGGUGUCCCCAAAGUUAAUGCCACAGGCCACUUGGGAAUUUGAGGCUGAGAUUUUGGUGCUGCACCAUCCAACCACGAUAUCUCCAAGAUACCAGGCCAUGGUUCACUGUGGCAGCAUCAGGCAGACUGCCACCAUCCUGUCAAUGAACAAAGACUGCCUCAGGACAGGGGACAAGGCCACGGUCCACUUUCGCUUCAUCAAGACCCCUGAGUACCUGCACUGUGAUCAGAAGCUUGUGUUCAGAGAAGGACGCACUAAAGCUGUAGGCACCAUCACCAAGCUUCUCCAGUCAGUGAGCACCCAGGCCUCUAAAGCCCAGCAGACCAAAACUCAGGCCAGUAAGAAGACUUAUAAAGAGGGCACAGCAGCCAACGAAGAUGCUGGAUCAACAGCACGGCCGCAAAGUCCAACAGCACAGUCAUCAACAGUGACAGAGGAGGAGGCUCUUUUUAAAGAUGACAACAAAGAAAACAAGCUCAAGUCAGGAGGUGGAGGACGCCGGCGAGGCGGUCAGAGACACAGAGGAAAAGGCCUCAACGCUGCAACACUGUCCUCGGCAGUGCCUGCAGGAGCAGCAGGCACGUCCUAAAGAUACAAGCUCGGCUGCCUCCUCUGCUCAACGUCUUCAUCGAAAGAGAAAUGAAGUGACUGUACAACCCUCUGCUGGCUGUCUCCACACACCAGCCUGUCAGAGCCAGUUUCUUUAAUAUAAAAAGGAUUAUUCAACUCGUUUUGAGACACGAGUGAUUUUUUUUUCUCACUAAAUGUCAGUGAACAAGUCUCUGAAGAUAGUGUUGAGGUUUUAAACUGGUUUGGGUUUGCAGGUUAAUGUUCUAUUACACUCUAAUACAAAUGUUUCAGUUACUCUUUUUUUUUUUCAUUAUUAUUAUUUUAUCAAAUUUGAGCUUCCUGUAGGGACAUCGGUCACUUUCCCCUGCCCCAACUCCAGCCUACAAAACUUUAUCCCCAGUUGCUGAACUUCAUUUCUUGAUUGGAAUCAUAGCAUCAGGUUUGGAGUUAUUUCAGACUCGAGGGGAUAGAUCGUGGUCAGUUGUUUAUAAGUUCUGUUAAAAAUAUCUUCAUCACAGAAACUGCCAUUAUUAUAAAUGUUCAUUUGGAAUUGACAUGAAAGGGAACUUAUUACCAAACUUGAGGGCUUGGAAAGCUCCAACAUGAAAGAGUUGUUCAGAUGUUAGUUUAUUCAACCACUGUUUUAGAAGGUAGCUACAGUUGUUCUCUGGAACAACCCGGAAGAUCUUCUUAGUUUAAUUGAAGUAGUGUUGACUCUGGAAACUUUGUGGUCAUUUUAAGAAAAUUAUUUUCCUGUGUUCCUAAAAUUGUAGCUGCUUAUCCAACAUUGAUUUAUACAUGGAAAACAAAUCAGUCUGACUUGUUUGAGCUCAAACUGCUGAUGUUUCACCCUGCAGCCGAAAGGCCUGAAGGCUCAGUUUUUACUGAACUCUUUGUGUUGCUGUUUUACUAUAUUGCAGCCAAAAGAGAAAAAAGUUGGAAUAGUAUUUUUUCGUCUUUCUUUUUUUCCUACAUGUAAUCAAGUUGCAGUCAUGUUUUAAUAAUGUGUAAGUCCUCUUCACCUUUACUAUGUUUGCUUGGGGAAAACAAAGCACAGUUGUAAGCACAGUCCGAUUAAUUGUGAUACCUAUUAUAAUCCAAAAAAGACAUCCAUUAAUAUUUCUCAUGUAUUUUGCUAAUGUGAUGCAAAAAGUCAGGAUGUCAGAUGCCAGCGAAGAACUUACUUGAAUCACUAAAUUUUAGUUUGCACACUUUUUCAGGUGCUCCACAUCAGUGAUCGAGUAGCUGCAAAACAAAUUUCCAAACAUCAGGAGUCAAAUACAAACGUCAGACACAGGAAAGAAAUAUUUAUUCAAUGUUAUUUACGGUACCAGUAUACGAGGUGUUCCUAAAUAAGUUUUCAAACCAUGAGACAGACGUUAUGCUAUCCACUGCAAGUAGUCAAGUUUAUAAUGCAGCUCAUUUAGUUGUGUUUGAUACAAAACCAGCGAUCUUAUCAGGCAAGAGGCAUUUGCCAACUUUUCUGAUUUUUUUUUUUUUUUUUUUUUUUUCCCCCCCAUACGUUCUUUCCCUGAUGACUUUUCCCAUAGUGCAUGGAUUUAUUUUUUGAACAGACACAUUUUGUGUCUAUUUAUGUACAAAACUGCUGGUUGAGCAGAAAAACUGAAGCUAAAAAAUGUUAUAAUUUAAAAUAAGUGGUGCCAGUUUGUGUUUUAAAUCCUUUUAAAUAAAGAAGGUU